AUGAGCGACAAUGACAGUGACGUCCAAGACUUUUCAUCCGAAGAAGAGGAUCAUGGUCUCUUGAUAGAUAGAAAGAAGCAGCAGACUCUCGACUUUGCUCAAGACGGUUCGGAUAGCGAAGGCGGCAGCGACUUGGACGAUGACGAUAUAGCGGAGGAAGAGUCUCCAAUACAGAACGAGACGAAAGCGGCCACCGGUGAGGAACCAGCUACUGCUGAUGGAGACAACAUAGCCCCGCAAUCCGCAGACGAGCUUCGCCCCGAGGAACGGGCGGACCAGCUCAAACAGGAGCGUCUGCGUCGGCUGAAGAAGCUGAAAGCCUCCAAGAAGUCCAAUCACAAGACCGGUGUCGUAUAUCUCUCCAAGAUCCCCCCAUAUAUGAAGCCGGCUAAGAUGCGGCAGAUCCUCUCGCGUUUCGGCGACCUGGAUCGGCUAUUUCUGAAGCGCGAGGACGAGCACUCCCACCGUCAGAGGGUAAAGGGCGGGGGUAACAAGAAGGUCAUGUUCCGCGAGGGAUGGGCCGAGUUCAUCCGUAAAAAGGACGCUAAGCUCUGUGCGGAAACCCUCAACGGCAACAUUAUCGGCGGCAAGAAGGGCAACUUCUACCACGACGAUGUCAUGAAUGUCAAGUAUCUGUCUGGCUUCAAGUGGGCCGACCUCACCGAACAGAUUGCACGCGAGAACGACGUGCGCCAAUCCAAGCUGCAGCUGGAAAUCUCGCAGGCUAACAAGCUGAAUGCAGAGUUCAUUCGCAACGUCGAGAAGAGCAAGAUGCUCAACAACAUACGCGCCAAGAAGCACAAGGACGAGGACAGCUCUGAGCGCACUGAGUCGCAUCUGCCAGUCAAACAGCGCAAGGUUACAUCAAACAGAGCUUCCGCGCCUGAGUCACAGAAACAGCCAGCUUCCGAAAAGCUCUCCAACGUUUUGCAUAAUCUAUUUUAA